UUCAUUUUCAAAAACUUCAUUUGAGAGUCGCUCUAAACCUAGCUAUUUGCAUCAAAAAUUACUUCCUAGGGAUUGUUUGCUGCUUUCAAUCUAUGGAUAAAAUGUUUUGCUUCUCAAUAUGAUAAGAUUGCGACGGUAAGUUUGUGACGUGUCAGCGUCGUAAACGUGAAAAGCUGUAGUGUACCAAAAUGGCCUUGGAUGACGUGUUUAAACAAGAAACUUCCUUGCGUUCUGUUGAUGAAACUCACAACACAUAUAUCCUAAAACGAAUCUCGCGAAUGCGAGUCCAUUCUGUUUUGACAGAUGUCGUGCUUGUCGUAGAGGGCAAAGAGUUCCCUGCCCACCGAAAUGUGCUAGCUGCUAACUCAGACUAUUUCAUGGCCAUGUUUAGCGGACACAUGGCCACCACGAGUGAUAAAGUCUCUGUUGAAGAAAUCACUGCCACUGCAAUGGAAAUUCUCCUGGAUUUCAUAUACCGAGGUGAGAUUUUAAUCACCGAGGAAAACGUCGAAGAUGUGUUCUGUGGUUCGUGUUUACUUUUGCUCGAGUUUGUUACUCAAACUUGCUGCAAAUUUAUUCAAGAUCGUCUCGCUUUGGGUAAUUGCUGGGGAAUUCGUGCUCUGUCGGAUAAAUUCAACUGCAAUGAUCUAAUGAACCGAGCAACUACUUUUAUCGAGGAAAAUUUUAUGGAAGCUGCAAAUUGUGAAGAGUUUUUGAUGCUGCCUGCUUCAGAUCUGAGCGAUCUUUUGAUUGAUGAUGAAAUUGUAAUAACACGUGAGCAAGACUUGUACGAACUGUUACUGAAAUGGGUGGAACACAAUCGAGAGGAACGGGUGAAGCACUUUCCGUCACUUUUGGAAAAGAUUCGUCUCCCUCAAGUUAAUCCUGAAUACUUUGAUGAAAUUAUUGCCACUGAUGAUUUGGUUACAGAAAACCCAGAGGUUCAGGAAAUCAUUUCUAAAGCAAGACAAUACAUCUACUCUCCCACAAAAUUAGCUGAAUCAAUGACAGAAACUGAGCCUUUCAAAUGGCAAAUCCCUAGAAGAUGUUUGCGAACAGUUAGUGUUCUUCUGACAGUUGCAGGACCAACAUGUGCUAUUUAUGAAGCAGAGAGUGAUGCAUGGCACAACAUCUCACGCCCAAGUACACGGCACUGUGCAGGUCUUGAAUCCAUGGGCAAAUUUGUGUAUAUAGUGGGUGGAAGUAAAGAGUGGAAGAGAAUGAAUACAUGCGAAUGUUAUGAUCCAGAUCUUAAUGAAUGGAAUCUCACAGCACCAAUGAAUGUGCCUCGCAGUAAUAUUGGUUUGGUAGCUCUGAAUGGACUUCUUUAUGCUGUUGGUGGAUAUGAUGGGAAAUCACCCAUACGAACCGUGGAAUGUUAUGAUCCAAAGAAAGACGAGUGGAGGUUUGUGGCACCAAUGAACAACCAGCGUGAUGGUGCCUGUGUUGUGACGGAAGGUCAUUGUAUCUACGUCAUAAGUGGCUAUGAUGGAAAUAAUUACUUGAGUUCUGUGGAAAUGUAUAAUCCAGGCACUGAUGUUUGGUCUUUAGGAGUUGUGGCUCCAAUCAUAGAACGACGGGAAGAUGCUAUGGCUGCUGUUGUUGACAACAAAAUUUAUGUUAUUGGUGGCUACCAUGGUAACACAUUCAUGCCAACAUGUGAAGCCCUAGAUCUUGAUGACAAUGUAUGGAAUUUUAUGGCAUCACUGAGUGCUCCACGUUAUCAAGCAGGUGUGGCUGUGUUGAAUCGUAAGAUCUAUGUUUGUGGUGGAUGGAGUGGGAAUGGAUUAGCCACCAGCUCUGUGGAAUGUUAUGAUGUGGCCACAAACACAUGGUCAAUAAUAAGGUCACUACCAACACCUGCAGCAGCCAGAACAGCUUUCUGUAACUUUCCUCGCAAAAUGAUUGAAAAACUGAUUCCUGAAGAGUCCCAAAAGUCUGGUUCAACUGAAAAUUUGGCACAGCAAAUGAGGCAUUCUUUUUUAAAGCAUGGACAGCAGUCUUGAUAACUUUUGCUCCUUUGAGGAUAGAAUGGGAAAACUAUUUGCAUUGUUGGAAUCAAAAGUUUUCAUGUCCCUUAAAGGAAACAUAUGGCAACUGCUAAUUAUUAACUACUGGCCCAUUUUACAAGUACAAUUUUAGUCCUUUUUAGUACACUUGCUAUCCUUUUUGAUGUGGAAGUUUCCAACACAAACAUACCAAUUAUUUCUAGUUUAAAUGGUUUGUUUAGGAUCUGUUCUCCAAGAUUUGAAACAUCAUGAUGAGAUUUGAACAAUUUGCAGAUUCCUUGAUCAAGUGUGAUCAUGUGCAAUGGUUUAAAACUUUAUAAUGUUGAUCUUUCAGUGAGCUGGCUCAGAUCAGUGAUCAUUGAAAGUAGCACUUAAGCAUUGAAGAAAUGCAGGGAAUUUUUCUACUCCUUUGUCAAAUUUUGAUAAUUGCCUUGCAGUAUUGGAAAAAAUGUUAGUCUGAGUUAGUUUGAUUGAUUAAAAACUAGUCCACUAAAGUGCUUUUAAAUUUAUGUAAUCUCAUGUUAUGGGUCUUAGAUAACUUAUUUCAGUUGUUAUGUCAUACAAGUAAACCAAAUAAUGCUCUGAUUUUAAUUCUUUCUCUCUAGGAUAGUUAGUUCAGUUAUACUGAAAAUCUUGUGUAGAUGAAAAAGGACUGCAUUCAAUUCUCAAUAUAUGUUUUAUGAGUUACAGAAGGUAUUCCAAAGGCUUUUGAUUUUCAAACAUAUCACAUUUUUUGGAUUUAUUUAAUGUAUAAAAUACUAAUAUUGGCUAAAUCCUUUAAGGAAUAUGGGUAUCAAAAGUAUGAACUGACCACAUAAAUUUAAAUAAGGUUUUUGAUAAAGUUUUCAGUGAUAUCUAAAGAUAUAGCAUAUCCAAUCAUAUAGUUUAGGGUAUUUCAUUAUU